ACCGUCGAAAUAUGUAAUAUUACCGAUCCAUUAUCAUCAUCAUCGUGCGACACGAAAAAGCGAUAAAUUAAGCUAAGAGGGGAAUAACACAAGCCAAGAAGGAAGCGCAGAACCCAGGGACUCGAAAUCGACAGGCAAUCCAAUCAACAUCAAGGAAGCUAAAGCAAUCGGGAAAAAAAGGGACACACCAGACACACACACGACCAAGGACACACGGCUAAGAUCUUAGUGUGAUUGGGCCGGUUGAUGUCGAUCUUUGUAGUGCGCUGGCAAUUACACUCAUUCCGGCGCGACCUGGAACUGCGAUAUUGUUCACUGUAUGGCGCAGAUUAGCAGAAAAGGAUUAGGGAGAGACUACAAUUAGGGACACACUACCACCACCAAGCAUUAUAAAUCGUUGUUAUUGCUUUUGAUUUUUCACAAAAUCUUCACUGAAUUCGAGGAGAGAGAAGACACACAUUCACACCGGCGAGAGAUAGAUAAGAGGGCACGCAUACUUGAUACGUAUGAUAAAGAGCAAGAUCAAUCGAAAACAUCAUAAAGCAAGUGGUCAGCAGAGGGAAGAGAAGAGGGGGCCACAUUGUAUUGUAUGCUGUAUAUACUUAUAGGAAAUCGUGAAACACGGUGAUCGCUAGAUCACCAGAGAGACGGAGAGAGAGAGAGAGAGGAGAGACACACGCACCGAUACAAAACGAAAAAAAAAUCAAUGUCGAAAAAGGGGAAAACACAACAACCACACGACAACCACAACAACCCCCGGGGCGCAACAACUACAGACGAGAUACUACGGGAGGACCUCCACAAAGGUGGCAAAAUGCUUUUCCUCCCCUUUGAUGCUCGCGUGAUCCCUUCCAAAUGUCUAGAUGCUGAGACGGAUGGAACUUGGGUCUCGGGGCUGGAAUCGGAGGAAGUACGUUUCCCGCUUUUCUGCGCGCGUUCCCCGCUCGCUACUGUAUGCCCCGUUUCCCCCCCCAAAACCACAAUGCCAGCAUAAUGCCGAGGGUGUGCCAACCAACAGCAAGAAGAAGAAAGGCGCUUUUAACUGGUGCUGGCAUAUAUGACUGGAGCAACAUCUCCGUGCACACCCUCCAACCACCACCCAGAAAACUGAAACAGAAACGGAAAACGAAAUCCAAAUGAGGAACUGAGUUGAGAAUAGUCCGUGUUUUGUUGCUGUGGAAGUGAGGCGCGGAUGAGGAGGAUAAGAAGCAGCUUUAUCGAGCAGUGGAGUACGGAUCCGUGUUAGCUUAUGUCGCCACAAAAUACCUACUACCUUACCCUACGAUACCAUCUAAUUACUUUUUAUGGAUAAGUUAAAAAAGGAUACAAACC